GUGAGGGGCAGGCGGGCGGAAGUAAGGGGGCGGGUGUGCGCAUGCGCGGUCGCAGCGCGGCGCGGCACGUGAAGGUCGUGGAGGCGGCGGCAUGGAGGCGCCGUCCGGCGGCGGGCUGGGGGGAGCCGACCCGCAGCUCCAGCGCUUCAUCGAGGUGGAGACUCAGAAACAGCGGUUCCAGCAGUUGGUGCACCAGAUGACUGAGCUCUGCUGGGAGAAGUGCAUGGACAAGCCCGGGCCGAAGCUGGACAGCCGGGCUGAGACGUGCUUCGUGAACUGCGUGGAGCGCUUCAUCGACACCAGUCAGUUCAUCCUGAACCGGCUGGAACAGACGCAGAAAUCCAAAUCGGCCUUCUCGGAGAGCCUGUCCGACUGAGCGGCCCCAAAAAUGGGGGGUGGGAU